UUACUGGAAAUCGCUGACGGCUCAGAUGGAUCGCCUGGAACUGCAAAAAGUCAACACAGAACUUGAUGAGGAGAGCAACAGCGGCGAAAGCACUGAAGACAAUGACGCAGAUAUGGUUGAUCCAGAGAAGGCAACUAUUAGCAGCCACUUUGUUGGUGAUGAUGCAGAAAGCCAGAAGUUUCUUGCUAACGGCUUCUUGGGUAAAAAGAAAAUGGAAAGUUAUACAGAUGAAUAUCAUCCAGGAAAUAUAUCGUUUGGUAUUUCAGCAUUUAACCUAAGCAACGCCAUCAUGGGGAGUGGUAUCUUAGGGUUAUCCUAUGCCAUGGCCAACACUGGAAUUGUACUUUUUAUAAUCUUACUCCUCAGCGUAGCUGUAAUGUCCCUCUAUUCAGUACAUCUGUUACUGAAGACAGCUAAAGAAGGAGGCUCACUAAUAUAUGAAAAAUUAGGUGAAAAGGCAUUUGGGUGGCCUGGAAAAAUUGGUGCUUUUAUUUCUCUCACAAUGCAGAACAUUGGAGCAAUGUCAAGCUACCUCUUUAUUAUUAAGUAUGAACUGCCAGAAGUAAUCCGAGCAUUUUUAGGACUUGAAGAGAAUUCUGGGGAAUGGUAUCUGAAUGGCAACUACCUUGUGAUAUUUGUAAGCAUUGGAAUUAUUCUCCCCCUUUCACUGCUAAAAAAUUUAGGUUAUCUUGGUUAUACAAGUGGAUUUUCGCUUACUUGUAUGGUAUUCUUUCUCAGUGUGGUAAUCUACAAGAAAUCUCAAAUACCUUGUCCUCUCCCGCUCUUGGACAAUAAUGUUGGUAACUGGUCCUACAAUUACACCACAGUUCCGCUACAUGUAAUGGCAUUACCAAAUGAUUCUGCUAAUUUGGAACUAAAUUUGAUGAUGGACAGCACUAACAAACAGUAUUCUUCAGUUUUUGAAGAAACCAAAGCUAAGCUACAUCAAAGUGGAGUAGAAUAUGAAGCCCAUGGAGAAGACAAUGACAAAUGCCAAGCCAAGUAUUUUGUGUUUAACUCACGGACUGCCUACACAAUACCAAUUCUGGCAUUUGCAUUUGUGUGUCAUCCGGAGGUAUUACCUAUAUACAGUGAACUUAAAAACCGAUCUCGAAAACGGAUGCAAAAUGUUUCCAACGUCUCCAUAAUGGGAAUGCUCAUCAUGUACCUCCUUGCUGCCCUUUUUGGCUAUCUUACUUUCUAUGGUGAAGUAGAAGAUGAGUUGCUUCAUACAUAUAGGAAGGUUUACACCUUUGACACUCUGCUUUUGUUGGUCCGCCUUGCAGUCCUUGUGGCUGUGACUCUCACUGUACCAAUAGUCCUAUUCCCAAUCCGUACUUCCCUUACCACACUUUUGUUCCCCAGAAGGCCUUUCAGUUGGAUAAGACACUUCUUAAUUGCUAUUGUUAUCCUUAUAUUUAAUAACCUUUUGGUCAUCUUUGUCCCUACUAUUAAAGACAUCUUUGGAUUCAUAGGUGCCUCUGCUGCAACAAUGUUGAUUUUUAUUUUGCCUGCUGCCUUUUACCUUCGGAUUGUCAAGAAAGAGCCUUUGAGGUCACCUCAAAAAAUUGGAGCCCUGAUUUUCCUCAUUGUUGGCAUCAUCUUUAUGUUUGGGAGCAUGACUCUAAUUCUCUUGGAUUGGAUUUACAACUCUUCACAUUCCAAUCAGCAUUAAUUUGGAAGGAAACUGCAAGUGUUUCUUUUUCUUUGCUACUGGGAGUGGUUGAAUUUCAUCAGCCAUGUGCAAACAAACAAACAAGACUUUUGACGUAUAGAAGAGGACAUUACUUCUAGUCAAUAACUGCAAGAUUCCAAAGACUUUGCUAAUACCACUAAGAUGGACCUAUGGCGGAUUAAAUCCUCCUUCAGUAAAGGAUGGUUAUUUAUGCAUUCACACCUGUGUCAAUUUUUUUGGGACCAGGUCAAAAUAAAAAUGUGUAUUGUGGAGAUGCCAGGAUCUAAUUAUGUAUAUAGUCCCUCAAAUAGACUGUUACUUUAGUUUUGAUAACUACUAUUUCUAUAAACUAGAAAGCAAUGCAGCCCUUUGAAAAUUAUGCUGGUGUCUUUUAACUAGCCUGUGAGUAUGGUUUAUUCUGUAUUGUACCCAAUCCUGAAAAAAAGAGGUUGGAAUAUUUAUAAGUUAUCCAAAAGUGGAGAUCACCUUAUUGCCAAAAGAAAACAAUGUAUAUAUGUAUGAAUAGUGUAUAUACGCAGAUAAAGAAAAAUAAGAUAAAUGAAGCUAUUAUUGUUUUAAAUGGCUGUCUAUAAUAUUAAUAAGUACAAUCAAAACAAGAUAUAUAAACAGCAUUAAUCUCUGUAAGUAAUUCACUUACUCAUCAAUCAAUUAUAUUAAGUAAUUACAGGAGUGCCCACCAGGGAAGGUGAGCAAAUGUGAUAAAUGCUUUGUUAUACUAACUUUCAACAAUAUUGUCUGUUACAAAAAUUGGCUGCCAUUGGGGACUGAAAAAGUCCUUUCCUUGCAACUGUGUGUUAUACAGAGAAUUCAGGCCAAUGGAUAGUUAUAAGUGACUACUGUAUCAGAAUUCUCCAAUUUAUGGCGCUGUGCUCAAAAGACAAACUGAAUCUCAGCCAACCAAAGCUGGGUCUACUGUUUAAUGCUACCCAAAUACACUUUUUCUUCUUUACGUUGCAUUUACAACUUCCAAACUGGCUUUGCAAUCAUUCUUUGGCUUAUGAGUUGUGUUACAUUGUCAAAAAUGAGCACUCUCUGUCCCACCAAUAAAUUUAAAAGUUCAUCAUAUUGAGAGUUUCUCUGCUUCUACCAGCCGAUAAAUUAGUGUAAUCUUUAAUAUGAUGUCAGUAGUUGCAUGAGGAUGUCUAAUCAUGACAACUAGAAUGGGCUCACUUGUCAGAGAGAGGCUGGUUUUAGUGGGAUAUAUAAGUAUAUAUAACAUACAUCAAACUGAUCCUGCACACGUAAUUCUGUUUUGAUCUUAAAUAUUUAACAAACUGGAUCUUGGUUUGUAAUUUGUCUUCCACAAUAGUUCAGAUGGAUUUAAUGCACUCACAAGAAAUGUGAAAGCAUGCCAACUAGUAUUGUUCAAUGCAUUUGAAUUUGAUAAUAUAGCCAGUACAGGACAUUGUAAGCAUUGAUAUAUAUGUUCCAUAUAAAUAUGUAUGUACAUAAUAUUAUUCUCUAUCAAAAGUUCCUGUAUGGUAUAAUGCUUUGAUUUUUAUAUCUAAGUUUGUGUAGUUGUUGCUUUACUAUUCCCAAGCAUGAUAUCAUUUAGAAGCAGCAUUGUUUUAAUGAGCUCUAAAGCUUCAUUUCUCAUUUCCCUGUUUGAAAUUUCUGAAAAGCCCAAAGAAUACCUAAAUAAAAUGACACAUCAAAUGUCACUAAAAUAAAUGACAAUAAACUUAUAGGAUUCA